CAAAACACAAUCGGUCACAUUGGCAGAUGGUGUUCGAACAAAAUAACGCAUUACUUGCUCGAUAUUUACAAAAGCAGGAUUUAACUGGAAUAUAUUGAUGCCCAGGCGCCAUGUCCGCUAGCCAACGUCAGAAGCAGUUCGACAUGAACCGCAGCCGUGUAAAUAACCUGGCCAGCAGCAGCUCCUCCAGCAACAGCAACAACAGCGGUGGCAGCACGAAAAAUGUGGUUUCCCCGCAUCAGCGCAAGCUGCAAACUUCAAUGGAGCGAUUACAGGUGCAACAGCCGAACACAAGUCGCCGGUCAGCAGGCUCCAACUGGAUGGCCGCUGCCGGAGGAGCGCCACCAGGAUCUGCUCCUGGAAGCGAGAACCAGGAGGCGACCGACUCCAAGGAAUCUCAACCACUCACCAAAUCUGCACGCACGCGCAUCAAGAAGCAGGCUCAACGCAAUCGGUUUUUGGCAAUGGACUGCGAGAUGGUGGGCGUGGGACACAACGGACAGGACGACAUGCUGGCCCGCGUAUCAAUCGUGAACCGCGUGGGUCAUGUGCUGCUGGACAAACAUGUGAAACCACGAAAGGAGGUCACCGACUACAGGACAAGCGUAUCUGGCAUUCGCCCGCAGGACAUUGCCAAUGGCGAGGACUUUGUCGCCGUGCAGGACGAGGUCGUAAAGCUGCUUCACGGCCGCAUUCUGGUCGGACACGCCCUAGGCAACGACCUCGCCGUCCUAAGCAUCCGCCAUCCGUUCGAGAACAUCCGCGACACGUCGCGCUACAAACCGCUCUGUAAACUAGUCUCAAAUGGCCACACACCCAGCCUGAAGCGCCUAACCAUGGCCGUGCUGGGCCAGGAGAUCCAGACGGGCGAGCACAACUCCGUGGAGGAUGCUCGCGCUGCCAUGGGCAUCUACAAUCGCAUUGCCGGUGACUGGGAGAAAUAUCUAGAGAAGAAGCGACACCAACAGCAGCACUUUUAGCUGAGAGAUCGGGGAAUGCGGUAGCCUUAAGUUUAUAAUCAUAUACACGAGUUUCAUUAACCAGAAACUGUUGCUUAAUUCUAUAAAACGUUACAACUUAA